CAGGUACUGGGUUUUAGAUCAAUGAAGUGCACGCAACGCAGGGAGCUGCGUCCCUCCGUCGUCUCUUGGAGGCGGGUCACUAAAGGCCCCGCCCUCGUCCAGUUAUCUCCGUCUUGAAGGUAUCCCCUGAAUCUCCGAGAUUUGGCCGGAGUUGGGCAGUGGACAUCCAGCUCCUCCGCAGUCCCUAGUGGCGAUGGAGGACGCCCAGGAGAACCCCGCGGAGUCUAGCUCCUCUGCCCCCGUGUCCGAAGAGCCUGCCAGCUUGGCCAGGGGCUCCCAGGUGUUGCCUCCAGAGGAAUCGACGGUCUGCACCCGACCUCUGGAGGCGGCCCCCAAGAAACUUUGUGGAUAUUUAAGCAAGUUGGGAGGCAAAAGGCCCAUCCGGGGUUGGAAAUCCCGCUGGUUUUUCUACGACGAGAGAAAAUGUCACCUGUAUUAUUCGCGGACCGCACAGGAUGCAAACCCCUUGGACAGCAUCGACCUCUCCUGUGCGGUAUUUGACUGCAAGGCGGACGCCGAGGAGGGGACUUUCGAAAUCAAGACCCCCAGCCGGACUAUUACCUUGAAGGCCGCCACCAAGCAAGCGAUGCUGUACUGGCUGCAGCAGCUGCAGACGAAGCGCUGGGAGUUCCACAACAGCCCACCUGCACCUCCCGCCGCCCCUGAUGCUGUCCUGGCUGGGAACGGGCCUGCCCUGCGCCUUGAGCUAGAGCAAGAGGAGACGGAGCUGGAGGAGUUCCUGUGUCCCGUGAAAACACCCCCUGGGCUUGUGGGCAUGGCAGCUGCCUUGCAGCCUGUCCCUUCUAUGCCCUUGGCCCUUCAGAAUAUUUCCAUCAAGCACCUGGGAACUGAAAUACAAAACACAAUGUACAACAUCCGGGGCAACAAGCAAACCCAAGGAACAGGCCAGGGACCCCCAGGAGAAGAUUCUUCACCAAGCGAGGAGCCUCAGAGGGAGGAACAGCCCCCUGACCCCAGGGCCCCAGGGAAAGAUCCAGGAGAUUCUCCCAAGCCUACACCCAAGUUCUCACUGACUGCCAACCUCAAUCAGAAAGCCAAGCGCCACAACAACACCUUCCCACUCUUCACCGAAGGACUCACACGGAACCGAACUGCCCAUGAGAAAGUACUGGCCUUGGAGCAGCAGGUUCUGAUGCUCACCAAGGAGCUAAAGGCUCAGAAGGAGCUGGUGAAGAUCCUUCACAAGGCGCUGGAGGCUGCCCAGCAGGAGAAGAGGGUGUCUGGAGCGUACCUAGCAGCUGAGGACAAGGACCGGCUGGAGCUAGUGCGGCACAAAGUGCGGCAGAUCGCAGAGCUGGGCAAGCGGGUGGAGGCCCUGGAGCAGGAGCGGGAGAGCCUGUUGCAGAUGGCAAGCCUGCGGGAGCAGCAGGUGCAGGAACUGCAGCAGCAUGUGCAGCUGCUCAUGGACAAGAACCAAGCCAAGCAGCAGGUCAUCUGCAAGCUCUCUGAGAAGGUCACCCAGGACUUCAUGCAUCCCCCUCACCAGUCCCCCACGCCCCCAGAGGAGGCCAGCAGGGAUUUCCUGAGCCAGCAGGAGAAGAUGGAGCACCUGAAGGAUGACAUGGAAGCAUACCGGACCCAGAAUCGCUUUCUCAACUCUGAGAUCCACCAAGUCACAAAGAUCUGGAGAAAGGCGGCUGAAAAGGAGAAGGCCCUCCUGAUGAAGUGUGCCUACCUCCAAGCCAAGAACUGCCAGGUGGAAAGCAAGUACCUGGCAGGGCUACGGAGGUUGCAGGAGGCCAUGGGGGUCAAGGCUGGUGAGUGCUCGGAGCUGCUGAGGCAGCUUAUCCAGGAGGCGCUGCAAUGGGAAGCCAGCGAGGCCUCAGCUGAGAGCGUCAUGCUGAGCCCCAUCAGUGAGUAUGACGAGUAUGGCUUCCUGACGGUGCCCAACUACGAGGUGGAAGACCUGAAGCUGUUGGCCAAGAUUCAGGCAUUGGAGGUGCAUUCCCACCACCUGCUGGCCCACGAGGCUGUGGAGCAGCCACUGCGGGAGCGCUGGGCUGCCCUGGGCAAGCUGGCACCCUCAGCAGAGCUCAAGCAGCUGCUGCGGGCAGGCGUGCCCCGCGAGCACCGGCCACGUGUCUGGAGGUGGCUGGUCCACCUCCGCGUCCAGCACCUACGCCCCGGCCGCUACCAGGAGUUGCUAACGGGCCAGGCCUGCAAGCACCCCGCUGCCCGCCAGAUUGAGCUGGAUCUGAACCGGACCUUCCCCAACAACAAGCAUUUCACCUGUCCCACCUCCAGCUUCCCUGACAAGCUCCGCCGGGUGCUGCUGGCCUUCUUGCAGAACCCUACCAUCGGCUACUGUCAGGGCCUAAACAGACUGGCAGCCAUCGCUCUGCUGGUCCUUGAUGAGGAGGAGAGUGCCUUCUGGUGUCUGGUGGCCAUUGUGGAGACCAUCAUGCCGGCUGAUUACUACAGCAAGACGCUCUCAGCAUCUCAGGUGGACCAGCGGGUGCUGCAAGACCUCCUCUCAGAGAAGCUGCCCAGGCUGAUGGCUCACCUGGGGCAGCGCCAUGUAGACCUGUCCUUCAUCACCUUCAACUGGUUCCUCGUAGUCUUUGCAGAUAGCCUUAUCAGCAACAUUCUCCUCCAGGUCUGGGAUGCCUUCCUCUAUGAGGGCACCAAGGUGGUAUUCCGCUAUGCCUUGGCCAUUUUCAAGUACAAUGAGGAGGAGAUCCUGAGGCUGCAGGACAGCCUGGAGAUCUACCAGUACCUGCGCUUCUUUACCAAGACCAUUUGCAACAGCCGGAAGCUGAUGAACAUCGCCUUCAACGACAUGAACCCCUUUCCCAAGAAACAGCUGCAGCAGCUGCGGAUAGUCCAUCGGGAGCGGCUGGAGGCUGAGCUGCAUGAACUGGAGCAGUUCAAAGCCGAGUACUUGGAGACCAGGGCAUCCCAGGGCUCCUCGGUGCCUGAGGGUUGCAUCAGCGAGGAUGAGGGGGAGGUGGAGGCAGAAGGCUGACUCCAAAGCCCUUUCUCACCCUUAUCAGGCAGGCCCACAGGAGGACGGCUAUGGAGCCAGGGGUCCAGCCUGGGACUUAGUCUCUCCAUUGGAACAUCGGCUUCUAAAGCCAUGGGUUGGAUUAUCUCCUCAUGAGCACACACCCAGGAUGCACCCCUUCUCAUUUCCUCAGCAGAGCACUUUAGCACAUAGACAGGCAAGAGUGCUGUCUUUAUGUAGGGUAAUCUUGGACAUAUCUCUAAGUUUUAUCUCUGUAAAACAGUGUAAAUAUUGGAAAUAGUUCACAAGCCUUGGAACUUAAACAACUCUCCAGUAACCAGUUGUUCCUGGGUGGGCUCAGGGCUCCAGAGUGUCCUACCACCAGGGCCUUCCCAGCCUGGGACAGCUCUGGCUGCUGUCUCUGAGGGUGUCUCUGCAGGGCCAGUCUCAGGAGAGCUGAGCUAUGUGUAUUUAGGGGGUUCUGUCUUUCUGGGCAACAGCACCAGUCUGAUGCUGGUUGGGCCUUUGUUUCAGGCCCAGCUUCUGCCUCCUGAGACCUAUUUCCUGAACCUUGCACCUACCCUCUCUUUCUGUGUACAGCCCAUGUUGGGAGGCUGUGGGGAUGUGGGGUGGGGGGGAACCCUUGUCCACCACCAGGAGGAACAUGUUGUGAGGGUUGGGCAGAGAGCCCUGAGGCGGGUGCCCAACUUCUAAUCUCCCACCACCAACUUCACAGGCUGGGGCAAGAAAAGCCACCUCUUUGAAAAUGUGGUGGUUGGGACAGGGUGGCAGGGAAAGGUGGUGAGAGGGACAGAGCUGCAGCCUGUUGCCAGAUCGAGGCUAGCUUUUUAUGUGUGCAAAACUCAGCUCUGGUUCUGGGUUCUUCAGGCCCCUCCUCAGCAGACAGGCUUCCCCAUUCCCCUCAAGUCAGGGAAUGGAAGCUAUACAAGUGAUCUUGGCAGCUUAUUUCUCAACAAGACCUGUGACUGUGCCAGGAUAGCCUUCAGCUAAGCAAUCUUUGGUAUGAAGGACUGAGGGUGGCUGGAGAGGCUGUAACCCUCAGGGCCAUCACGGGGAAGACAAGAGGUCCAGCCUCCUGGAAAUCCAGGAGGGUUAAAAGAGUUAACUCUGAUACUGGCACAGAGUAAAGCACUGCAGAUGGUGAGUGUCCCUCUCCUUCCUUCAUCUCUCCUCUCUUCUUUUCUUCCCCCUUCUCCAUCUUUCCCACACACACACCUAGGCAGAGGAGUAGCUCUGCCCAGGCUGGGUGUCUAUCCCUGCUUCCCCUCCUCCAAUAGGGGGAGAGGUGGUGCUCUGCAGCUGACCUAGCACAAAGUCACCUCUGAGUCCUACCUCACUGCAUGACAAAAUCACCUGAGUGCUGGACCCCACACUCAGAACCUAUUGUUGGGCAUGGGUGUUGUGAUACACUGACAUGGUUGGGCCCCACAGGCAAUGAGGAAUGACUGGUGAGGCCCCUAGCCCUGCAGCAAGGAGCUGGAGCCAGAGCUUGUCCCAGAGCACUCGCUCACUCCAGGCCAAGCUCAGUUUACAGAUAAGGAGACAAGGCUCAGAGAGGUUAAUUAACUUACCCAAAGUCACACAGCCACUGAGGGGUUAACUACAAAACCCAGGAGGGCUCCUCCAAGCUCACAGUGCCUUCUCUGAAUCCUAGAACACCUCCCCCAAGAACCCAAGGGAAAGGGUAAGGCUGGCCUGUGGCUUCUUGAGUGGCAUAGGGCCCGUAGGGAUAGCUCUAGGCAAAGAAACCUGGAAGGAUGAACCUCCACCUUACAGGGAGGCUGCAGCAGGGACUGGUGCGGGUGGGGUUGUACCCCGAGAAUAUAUAGAGCUGCUGCUGCUCCUAGGUAGCUGCCCACUCUCCCUCUCCGUAUCUUUUCCUAAAAGAGGUUUGGGGCCCACUCCCGGUGUCAGGUUCCUGGCUCCGCACCACAGCUGUUGCCCCCAUCCCCAGGGGCCGCUGCUUUCCAGGGCUGGAGGAUCUGAUCCUUCACAGCCCCACCUCCAUACCCUAGGGGAUAGGCCCUCUGGCUCAAAGCAUCCCUCUUCCAAACACUAGGUCUCUAGCAAGCUCAGGUCCAUACUUCAUCCUGGAGGGGAAAGGAAAGGAGUUACUCAGAAAACUGCCUGGGGAAAUAUCCCCAAAAACAAAUGAACUCCUCAAAACAAGAGGGAGGGCCUGGAGGUUACUUUGGAAGAUCCUCCCCCACCCUGAAGUGGGAGAUAAAGCAUACACUCCUAUUGAACAUCUAAGUUCAGGGUUCCCUCCCCCAUAUUCAGAAUCUUACUUCCCAGGCACUCCUGCCCCUCCUUCUUUCUCAGCUCUGUCUGCCAUGGGCACAGGACCACACGCACACGUUUUCGUCGCCCACUUGGCAGAUUAAACAAAGCAGGCCAUGUUGAUACAGGAAGGUUUCCUGGCCCAUCUCAAUAAGCAAUAAGGCCCAAAAGAAGGUGCCAGCAAAUGGGCCCAACUCUGGGGCCAGACCUACUGUGUGGUUUCAUAGCUAGGGAACUCUGGGCAGGUCAUCCCCACUCUGGCUUCAGUUUCCCCAUGUGUGCAAUUCACAUGGUCAGAGGUAGCCUUCAUAAAAUGAACCAGGAUAACAGGAAAGGACAGGACAAGAGAAUGAGGAACACACACGUGCAGGGAGCAUCUCUAGGAAAGGUACCACCUUCUGUCUAUUACAGAGGCUUCCAAUGGUCUCCCCUCUGGCCCAUUGGUCCUAUGCCCAUGUGGAACCAGAGAGGUCCCCAAACACAGUCCCAGCCGCCUAUCAUCAUGGCAACUGCGGUGAUGCAUUUAAGGUGCCCAGAACAGUGCCCGGUUCUUCAGGAGUUGGGAAGAUGCAGAUAUGAGGCUGGGAGGGAAUGUCCACAAGGGUUCUGGGAAGCCUUCCUGGGGAAGGACAUGGAAGGAAGAAAUGAAUCUGUUUAGACAGUAGACCAUGAUAUGGGAAGAGAAUUCCUGGCAGAGAGGACUGCGAACAAGGGCACAAAGAUAUGAGAGUGCAAAUGGGUAGGAAAUGCAUACCAUAGUUACUGGCUGAAGCCCUAGGUGAAUUAAGACAUUCGGGUGAAUUAACACUUACUGAGCCAGGCACUGUUCUAGGCCCUGGAGAUACACCACUGAACAAACAGUUGUUCUCAUGAGAGACGGUGUGGUGGAGUGACUAUAAGCUUGGGCUUGGGAGCCACACUGCCUAGGGUUGUACUGAUACUGGUGUCAUCUUAAGAAAGGUACUUAACCUCUGUGAACUUCAGAUUUCUUAUGUGUAAAAUAGGUAAAAGCUAACCUAGUAGGUUUAUGUGUCGAUAAACUGCGGUGAUGCAUUUAAGGUGCCCA